CUGUGCGUAAAGGCUGUCGUUGUGCUUAUCGUAGUGCGUAAGUCAACGUAAAAACCUCAGCGAUAGAAGGGGAAUGUCGGCUUGUGAAUGAUAGGUAUUUGAGAAGCGGCAGGGAGUGAGACGCUAUGGCUCAGCAGAAGAAUCUGGAAGGAUAUGUUGGCUUUGCAAGCCUUCCCAACCAAGUGUACAGGAAGUCUGUCAAGAGGGGGUUUGAGUUCACCCUGAUGGUCGUGGGUGAAUCUGGAUUGGGCAAAUCCACGUUGAUCAACUCUCUGUUCCUAACAGACCUGUAUUCAGCAGAGUAUCCUGGACCUUCACAUCGAAUCAAAAAGACCGUACAGGUGGAGCAGUCAAAAGUUUUAAUAAAAGAAGGGGGCGUCCAGCUGCUGCUCACAAUAGUGGACACCCCAGGGUUUGGAGAUGCUGUCGACAACAGCAACUGCUGGCAGCCAAUCAUCGACCACAUAGACAGCAAGUUCGAAGACUAUCUAAAUUCAGAAUCACGGGUGAAUAGAAGACUGAUGCCUGAUAGCCGAAUCCACUGCUGCCUGUACUUUAUAGCUCCCUCAGGACAUGGACUGAAACCUCUGGACAUCGAGUUCAUGAAGCGGUUGCACGAGAAAGUCAAUGUCAUCCCACUGAUCGCCAAAGCAGACACUCUCACUCCAGAGGAAUGCCAACAGUUCAAGAAGCAGAUAAUGCGAGAAAUCCAAGAGCACAAAAUCAAGAUUUAUGAGUUCCCUGAAACAGACGAUGAAGAGGAGAACAGGCUGGUGAAAAAGAUCAAGGACAAGUUGCCGCUGGCUGUCGUAGGAAGUAACACCAUCAUCGAGGUGAACGGAAAAAGGGUCAGAGGGAGACAGUAUCCCUGGGGGGUUGCUGAAGUUGAAAACUGUGACCAUUGUGACUUCACCAUUCUUAGGGACAUGCUCAUCAGAACUCACAUGCAGGACCUGAAAGACGUGACAAACAACGUCCACUAUGAAAACUACCGCAGCAGGAAACUGGCUGCUGUCACCUACAAUGGAGUGGACAACAACAGGGCUAAAGGACAACUGUCCACCAAAUUUGACACAGUUGAAGGAAUGAGCCCCCUGGCCCAGAUGGAGGAGGAGAGGAGAGAGCACGUAGCCAAGAUGAAGAAGAUGGAGAUGGAGAUGGAGCAGGUGUUCGAGAUGAAAGUCAAAGAAAAAGUGCAGAAGCUCAAAGACUCUGAAGCAGAGCUCCAACGACGUCACGAACAGAUGAAGAAGAACCUGGAGGCUCAGCACAAGGAGCUGGAGGAGAAGAGACGUGUGUUUGAAGAGGAGAGGGCAAACUGGGAGACCCAGCAGCGCCUGGAGCAGCAGAAGCUGGAGGCCUCCAGGACUCUGGAGAAGAACAAAAAGAAAGGAAAGAUCUUUUAAAGACCAGCGGCUGGACCACCACCCACAAUCCAAUUGUUUUUUUCAUAUGCCAAAUGUUCUUUGGGCCAGCGCACACACACAUACACACUCUCACACUUACUUCUGCUUCACCUUCUUCCUCCAAACCCUCUUUUCACUGCCAGUACAGCUUAGCUCCCACCCACCAGAGGGCGUUACUGGGAGCACUGUAGGUUGAGGACAGCCGAAAGUGGGGGAUGAAGCAGAGGGGGAGGAGUCGACAGGCUGCCAUCACCGCAGAGGGUCCUCCCCCUUCUCUGUUGCUGCCUCCAGACUGGUCUUCAUCGCACAGUUGUUUUUUUUUAGCUUAACAGCUGAAAAACUACAAGGUCAGUUAAGAAAAUUAAAAAAAAAAAGUCAAGACCCACUUUAUUAUUAUUUUAAUUAUUAUAUUAUUGUUGAUGUUAUAAUUAUUAUUAUUGCUGUUGUAACUAAAUCCUGACACCCACCUACACUUCACUAGUUAUUUUUUAUUAUUAUUAUUACUUCCUCCCUCCUGCUUUAAACAACCCAUGUUAAAAUUUUAAGGAGUGGGAAAAACAAAUCUGUUAUAACCUGUUGAUGUCUCACUGUUGUUCAAUCAUACUCUGAUGGAUUGUAUUUGUUUACAUGAAAAACAAACAGUAAAGUAACAUUAUGAGGAUAGACAAGUUCUAAAUCUUUACAGAACAGCACUGAUGCAUCAGUCCGCUGCAGAGCUUUAAAAACCAUUUGUGUAAAAAGAUCUACGCUUAAAAAUGACAUUCAGCCAGCCUUUCCCAACAGGAGUGUGAGGACUUUAUUUGCUCACCUUCUCAGUCUCAGCCCAUUAAAAAGUGUAAUAGUUGAAUUCACCCUGCAUCAGUUGUCGAUACAUUGCUGCCCACAUCAUUGUGUUCCAGUGUUAUUGUUAGCAGCUCCUGUGUCUGAGCUGAAAACACAGAUUUUUUUUUCUUUCUCUCUCGACCGUUCCUGUUUUCCGUGUUAGAAAAACAAAAAUCAUUAAUCUUCCCUAUCAAUACCUGUUAAAGGAAGUUUUUUUUUUUUUUAGCAAUGUGUGGCACCAUAAGGGUUUUCCAUAUGGAAAAGGCAGCAUUUGUAUGUGAAAUCCUAGACUCGUGCAGGUGUGGGUUAUGUGUGCGUUGAUGAGAAACAUAAACCUUUUACUGUGCGUCAAUAUCUAUCCUAAUUGAACUUUCCAUUCAAUCUUUGGUUUUCCUGGUAAAUGGCUAACCUUUGUCCUGUGAAACAAAUAGCAAAAUAAUAUGAAACACACGAAUGUCAGCUUGUCAAGACUAGGACUUAAUGUGUGACAAAAACAUCCGUUUACAUGUCCUUGAUAUGAAACAAUCCUUUUCUGUAUUUACUUAAAUGAAACAUUGUCAGAAUUUUUUUUAAAGCACCGUGGGGCUUUAUUUUAAUAUUUUCAAAAAAGGCUAAAGUUUCUGUUAUUUUUUUUUCCUGAAAUGUUAAUGCUUCAUUUAAUCCUGUCCUUAUCAAUCCUUACAAUAUCUCCACUAGCCUCGGACCAUUUAUAACAUCAAGUGUUACACAUUGUUUCACCUUAGUUUAUUUUUAUAUAUAUAAUUACAUAUGUAUAAUGUACAUAUAUAUAUGUAUGUACCAAGCCAGCUGAAGUAAUCACAUGUUUUUUAUGUACGUUUUAGAAAAUUCUCAGAAACUCGAUGGCAGCGUCCACUGUUUAGGAAGAAAUUCAAAAUAAAAACAUUUUGACUUUUAAAAAAAA